ACACAGAUUGUAAUUGGAUCUCCAUACAAUCAAUGUUGCAGUUUGUGGCCAAAAUGAAAGUUGUGGUUUAGUUACAACAUGUGAUUUUAGAUUCUGGACUAUGGAAAUUCCUAAUUAAAAAAGUUGAGCGUAGAAGAUCAUAUUAAUUGGCAUUAUUGCAGGUCACCAUUGUUCAGAUUUUAUUUGAGUGAAAUUGAGAGUCAAGUCAAAGGAGAUCCUUCCAUUAAAAGAUGCUGCAGUUGCAGUCAAGAUAAGGGGCAUAAAGAUUGUGAACUAGCUGAGAAAAUUUGGUGCCUCUACAUCUUUCACGUUUGUGGUUCUCAAAUUAUUCACAAUGGAUCUGGUGCUUGACAGCUCAGCAUACCAUGCUGGCAUACAAGCUUUCUGCCUUUUGGUUGAUACGCAGUGCGAAGGAAGAGGAGAGCGCCAUGAAAAUCCUGAGUAAGCAAACCUUGAAGAGAAUACAGUUCUUGAAGUGGGGAAAGAAAGUUGUGCACAGCCCAACUGCAGUCAGUGCUCAAAGAAAAGCACCUUUGAGUUGCUGCACAAGAUAUGUCCUGAAGCAGUUAGUUUGGAAGGUCAAGGCACAGUGCAGACAAGCUUUAAGGUGGCAAAGAAGCAGUAUGCAAUUCAGUUAUGAUUUCCACAGCUAUUCUCUCAACUUUGAUGAUGAUGUUUCCAACAGGAGGACGAGGACCAUAUCUUGUUGAUUCUCUCUGAUUAAGUUUUGCCAUCCUCUCCUAACAGGUCUUUUCAUGAGUUGCUUCCAUGGACAAUUCUUGGAAUUUGUAAAGAAGGUUUCUCAUCAACUUUAGCUUGAAUCAAUCCAUGUAUGCUUUCUAUUUGUACAGAGAAACCUUGUAUUCUUACAAUUAUCUGGAUUUAAUUGAAAAAAACGAAAAAACCCGUAUUCAUAUU